AUGACUAAAACAGCGCUUGUUUUUAUUGCUAAUGGAAGUGAAGAAAUUGAAGCAGUAACAACAAUUGAUGUCCUUCGACGAGCGGAAAUUGAAGUUGAUGUAGUUUCAAUUGAAAAAAGUGGUCAUGAUGCUGUAAAAUGUAGUCGUAAUGUUCGUGUUCUACCUGAUAAAUCACUUGAUGAUAUAAAAAAUACUCAAUACGAUUGUGUCAUUAUUCCAGGUGGUAAUGAUGGAUCAAAAGCAAUGGCUAAUAGUUCUGAAGUUGGACAAAUUUUGACAAAACAUUAUCAAGAUGGAAAAAUUGUCGCAGCUAUAUGUGCUGGACCACGAGCAUUAUUAUCUCAUAAGAUCGGUGUUGAUCAUAAACAUACAAUAACAUGUUAUCCAAGUGUACGCAAAGAAUUUACUGAUGGUGAACCGUAUAAACUCGAUAAUCCUGAUAAUCCUGUUUGUCAUAGUAGACAUACCGGAAAAGGAGAUACUGAAGAAAAAGAACAUCAUUUAGUUACAAGUCAAGGGCCAGGAACAACGAUGGUUUUUGCAUUAAAAUUAAUUGAACUUCUUAAAGGCAAAGAUGAAGCUACAAAAGUUAAAGAUGGACUACUUGUUUAA